AUGGCAACAUCAGAUUCAACGCAGGUUACUAAUAAAGAUGUGCUAUGGUCAAUAGUCACAUAUGGUAGUGUCUUUGGAGUUUUUAUAAUAUGUUUUCUGCUUUUAAGGCUGAAACUUAAAAGAAUAUAUCAACCUAAAUCAUCUUUUCAAUUGAUUAAUGAUGAGAAGAAGCCAGAGCAAUUGCCGAAUGGGAUAUUCCAAUGGUUGCCAGAGCUGCUGAGAAAAUCGGACAAUUUUAUCAUCCAACAAGCAGGGCUUGAUGGUUAUUUUUUCGUUAGGUAUCUGUAUUUGAUAUCUAUGUACAUGUUCAUUUCGUCUCUGUGGAUUCUGCCUCUUCUAGUGCCCCUGAACGUAUCUGGAUCUACUGGUGAUCUUGGUUUUGAUAAGUUAACCUUCUCUAAUAUUCGUUCGAAGAAGCGAUAUUAUGCACAUGUGUUUGCCUCUUGGUUAUUUUUUUGGGGGUUCUUGUUCCUGGUGUAUCGAGAGUUGACUUAUUUCACGUCGGUUAGACAGGUAGUGUUAUCCUCUCCAAGAUAUGCGAAGAAGUUGUCAUCGAGAACAGUUCUGUUUCAGUGUGUACCUAGUCAGUAUCUAUCUGAAGUGGAGUUUUCAAAAUUGUUUGUUGGGGUGAAGCGGAUUUGGAUUACUAGGGCAGCUGAUGAUCUAGCAUCGAAGGUGGCAGAGAGGGAUGACCUAGCUAUGAAGUUGGAGGCCGCUGAGACCGCUUAUUUGAAGAAGGCUGUGAAACGGGCAAACCAGAUAAAGGCGAAAUCGGGAGUAGCUAUCAGUGGGGAUAUCUCAGAAUAUGUGCCCAAUAAGCAUAGACCUAAACAUCGCUUAACCUUUUUAAUAGGUAAGAAGGUGGACACAAUAGAUUAUAUUAAGGGGGAGCUGGUUAAAUUAAACAAAGAAGUUGUACAACUGCAGGCGGAUCAUAUGAAUGCGGAACCUUUUAACUCUGUAUUCGUAGAGUUUGAAUCUCAGUAUUAUGCACAAAUGGCUCAGAGGUCUAUUCCGCACCACGCAGCUUUUAGCAUGAUUCCUUCCUAUUGUGGGAUAGAGCCAAAGGAUGUUAUAUGGUUCAAUAUGAAAAUUACCUGGUGGAAAAGGAUUAUAAAUAGAUUUAUUGCGUCAUCAGCUGUUAUAGGGCUAAUAAUUUUGUGGGCUUUCCCCGUUGCAUUCGUAGGUUUGAUUUCCAGCGUUACCUACUUGACCGAGAAGGUACCACAGCUUAGGUUUAUUGAGAAAUUGCCGCCUUUAGUUUUGGGUAUGAUAACUUCCUUGCUUCCAACAAUUGGUCUUACAGUAUUAAUGAUGAUUUUGCCAAUGUUUAUAAGGAAAAUGGGAAUAUUUUCCGGCUCACCAUCUGUACAGCAUGUGGAAUAUUUCACUCAGCAGGCAUUUUUUGGUUUCCAAGUUAUCCAAGUAUUUCUUGUCAUCACCCUUUCGAAAUCUGCCACAACGUUAAUUCCUCAGCUCAUAGGCAAACCUACAGGUGUAAUGAAUCUUCUGGCUGAAAAUUUACCUAAAUCAUCUAAUUUCUACAUUUCUUAUGUUUUACUUCAUUGCUUCUCCUUUUCUUCAGGUGUAUUACUACAACUUGUGCCAAUGAUUUUAUAUUACGUAUUAGGAGCGCUGUUUGACAAUACUGCAAGAAAGAAAUGGUCUAGAUUUGUUACUCUAAGUAGUGCGGAUUGGGGUGUCAUUUUCCCUGUUUAUACCAAUCUGCUUGUUAUUGCCAUGGCAUAUUCUAUUAUUUCUCCAAUCAUAAUACCAUUCUGUGCUAUAGGUUUUUUCCUAUUGUACGUUGCCUAUUUGUACACAUUGACCUAUGUGUUUCAAGAAACUCCUGAUAGCCGUGGUAUUCACUAUCCAAGAGCAUUAUUUCAAUCUUUCACGGGCAUUUAUAUCGGUCAGAUCGCUCUUCUAGGUCUAUUUGUCGUUGGUAAGGGUUGGGGUCCCAUUAUACUACAAGGUAUUUGUAUCGGAUUUACUGCGGUUGUUCACUUUCAUUUAAGCCUUGCCUUUGAUACCCUGAUGACUGUUGUUCCUGUUGAUACAAUGAAGCCAUUAGAUGGAAAAUCGGAAACGCCUUCAUUCAAGUCACCGAAGACAGAUUCUCCUUCUGAAGAAAUCAAAGAACUGCCUCAGUUCCCAGUUAGAAAAUAUCAACCACGUAAUUCACUGUCAAUUGAUCAGAAGACAUCAUCAUUGUUGAGUGAUAAUACAUACGAAAUUCAGAACCCCACACAAAUCAAUAAUGAAAACACCCUAUUCACCGUUCCAUUAUUAGCCGAUGGGGAUGUUGCACCAAUCCCACCUGCGCCAUUUUGGAAACGUUAUUUUUUGCCUGAUAUCUACUGUUCCUACAAAGCAGUUAAAACAAGAUUGCCGGAGAUUUAUAACCUACCUGAUCCUAGUGAGCUCCUUGACGAUGAGGAAUUUAAAUAUGCCUAUUGUUACCCAGCUGUAUCCUCAAAAUGUCCUUGCAUAUGGCUCCCUCGGGAUCCCUUUGGCUUCAGUACUGCUCUAAUAGCCGAUCUUGAGGGCGUCAUAGAUGCCAGUGACAAGGGUGCUAUGUUUGAUUCUAAUGAUAACAUUAUAUGGACUUCCAGACCACCUGACUUUUCCAAGAAAGCUGACGAGUUUGAAUCUUUUAAGGUCAACUUUUCGGAUUAA